AUGGCCCGCCGCUACCUUGGCGGCUCAGGAGAGCGCCUCACAGUAUGGAUCUCCAUUGCAGCCUCAACAGUGCUCAUAUUCUACGGCUACGACCAGGGCGUCUUUGGAAACGUCCUCGUCUCAGACGACUUCCUCAGGACCAUGGGCUACCCGUCAACAGCAGACCAGGGCACAAUGACCUCGGUGUAUAACCUCGGCUGCUUCGCCGGCGCCCUGUCGACGCUCUACAGCGGCGACAAGCUCGGGCGGCCCCUCUUCUCUGUACUUGUCUUGCUCAUGUGUCCAUUCCUGCCCGACUCGCCCCGGCUGCUCAUACGCAAAGGUCGGCAUGACGAAGCUAUGGAGGUUCUCGCCGCCCUUGAGGGCCAUGGCGCGACGCCGUCUACAGCCUCCGUUCGCACGCAGUUUUCCAUUAUCAAGGACGUCCUCGAUCGUGAAUAUGCUGUCGAGUACACCUGGUUGCAGCUCAUCACCGGACGCGGUCCUCCAGGAGCGCUGCGGCGGAUGAUCCUAGGCGCCUGGAUGCAAGCCAUGAAUCAAAUCUCGGGCAUUAAUGUGACUUCUUACUACAUGACCUACGUCUUCAUACACGCGAUAGGAUUCAGCGAGCUGACGGCCAGGAUCCUCGCCGCCGCCGGGUCCAUGGACUACCUAUUCUUCUCGUUCAUGGCCUACUUCGUCAUCGAGCGGUACGGGCGCCGCCGCGUCAUGAUGGUCUCGGCCGCGGCGUGCUGCACGUGCUGGACCAUCAUCGCCAUCGCCACGGGCCUCACCGAGACCGGCCGCGGGGACAGCUACCGGCUGGGCAUCGUAGCCGUGUCCUUCUUCUUCGUGUUCUUCGCCUCGUUCGCGAUGGGCGUCCUCGGGGUCCCCUGGCUGUGCCCGACCGAGAUCAACGCGCUCGCCUUUCGCGCCAAGGGCGCCAGCCUCGCGAUGGCGACGAACUGGAUCAUGAACUAUAUGGUCGCGCAGGUGACGCCGCCCGGCAUCGAGAACCUCGGGUAUAGGUUCUGGGUGAUAUGGGCUGUCAUAUGUGCCUCGUUCAUACCCACGACGUACUUGUUCUACCCGGAGACGGCAAACCGCUCGCUGGAGGAUAUCGACCGGUUCUUCGAGGAGAACCACCACGUCUUUGUGUUCCGGAACAAGCUGGCCACGCAGCUGCACCGCCCGACCGUCUAUGAGGAUGCUGAUAGAGAGAUCGCGGCUAAGAAUGAGAAGUCUGGCAGCAGCGCUGGACAUGUUGAGAAGACUGGGAGCGGGACUGGGAUAGAUUAA